AUGCCUGCUUCUGGAGACGAUGAGAUUACCAACUUGGUCGCAGACAUAGUUACCGAAAAACCCCAGUCUUCCCGGAACCCUCUUGCUAACACACAUCUGCCAGCCUCGAAGCUGGCCCCCAAGGCACGCGCGACGCUCAUCAAGCCCGCCGUCACUAGCCUGGCAUCGCUCGCGUACGAGCGCGGGCUGCUCCCCGCAGCGCUCGACGAGCUGCUGACCCUCGUCACGACGCCGAGCCUGCUGGACCAGGCAAGCCUAGGCGUGCUGCUGCGCGGGCUGUACCCGGUGACGCGGGUGUCGGGCGCGAGCGCGCUGCGCGUCGUGGGCGCCCUGGGCCACGGCCGGCUCAAGCCGUCCAUGGCGAUACAGGCGCUGCUGUUGCGCUGGCUCACCAUGGUGUACCACGUGCUCGAGGCGCCAGGCGUCUUGUCACAGGCGUACCCCGUGCUGUUCAACCUGCUCGACACGGCGGCCAUUCGACCCCAGCUCACGCAUCUCCUGGCGCUGAUUACGAGGAGGAAGCACGUUCCUGAUGGGACUGGUGGGGGAUUGGAAACUGACGAUAAGAACAGAUUAAAUCUAUCGCGGCAGACGGGCAAUGAUCCGACGCUGGUCGGCUUGCUGCGCGUAUACAAAGACUACUACCCGGAAAUCAUCGUCGGCGAGGCACAUCCUGAUCCGGCAUGGCGAGAAAGGCUGGACGAGUUGCAAGAGGCGCACCUGCAACAGACGCAAGAGCGCAUAGCGCGUCCGCGAGACGCUUUCCGCGUCCACAAGACUGUUGGACGUGGCCAACGGAACAAGGCACUGCCGUCUGUCCACACAACGCACGCGACCGAGGACUCCGUCACGCUGGAAGAAAUCGAAAAUGUGCAGAGCUUUGUCGAAAAGAUAGACAAGCUCGAGCUGCCAAACCAGCUGGUCGCCGUGCUGGCCGAUCCUCUGCUCCAAAAGCUGCUGCUGCUGCGGCCUAGUGCCGAGUCGUUUCUGCGUGUCGCCAACUGGCUGACCUCGGCGCUGCAGGAUGUACGCGACGGUGACGCGGACGAGGCCACGCUGUGGGAGAUUAUGGAGGUUGUGCGGGACUUUGUCGUGCAGACCAAGGCCUUGCCGUCCACCAUCAUCAACUUUUUUGCGAGCUUCUUCCAGAUCUGGAGCGGUUCGGGAAACAAGACUUGCAUUUUUCAGAUUCUGGCGUACACGCCUCUCUACGACUUCCAAGCUGCCGUUGCCGAUAACCAGUCCGCCACACAGCUAGGGCUGCUCAACAUGUAUACCAACUUGAUACACCACUGGGCUUCUGUCUUGCGGUCCAGCAAGACUAUCCCAGCACAUGCCAGCCGCACCAUCACCAACAUGGUGCAACACGCCGGCACGCUCGCCCUCACCCUACUACAGACCAGCCCCACGCUGUCUAGCGAGUCGGCCAUUCUCACCUUUUACGAGCAGAACCUGGCGCUGCUGACCGACGACACGCUCAAAAACUACAUUUGCAUCGAGCUGCCGCCGUCGGUGCUCAUCUACCUGCUCGUCUUUAGCCAGUCGCUCGCCACCGUGGCGCGGCUGUGCCACAUCAUGGCCUCGUACAAGAAGGGCUUCGAGACGGCCAUGAAGGUUCGCGGCCGCACCGACACGGCGACGAUUGACGCCUCGUCGUACACGCACACCGACGUGAACCGGUACAACGGCAACCUGCUCGACAUUGUCAACCUGCACUGGCGGAUGCACGCGUUUGGCGUCGACAAGGAGGUGGAGCAGGGCUGCCUGCUGCCGCGGGCGGCGGCCGCGCGGCUCGAGCGCUACGUCACGUCGUCGGUGGACCGCGGCUUCUCGCUGGCGGCGAUGCUCUCGCUGUCGUACUCGCCGCUGUUUUGCCUGCAGAGCAUCGAGACGCUGCGCGUGCUCGAGGACCGCCAGAUCGCCGUCGACGCCGCUAUUGAGACGCGCCACGCGGGGCCCGUCUCGCAGGAGAGCCUGCGCAAGCUCGGCACGUCGGGCGGCAUCCGCAUCGGCUUCAACGGGUACCGGGCUAGCGUCCUGGAGACCCUCAGGGCCAAGGGCAUGCCCGGCGUGGAGGAGCUGCUCAAGGUGAGCAUGCCGUCGGUGGCCAAGGCGAUUGAGAGCUGGGCGGCUAGGGAGGCGUGA